UUACAACGAGAACGUGACGUCAUAUUUACACUAGACGGAUCCUUUCUAGCCAUAACCCCCCCGGAUGUGUGAGGCACAAACAAAACAAACAAACAAGGUAGAAGAUGGCUGCUAUUCGUACAAGAAAGGAGCUAUUUUCGUGGACUGACGAUGAGGUAGAACUUCUGCUACAUGUCACACUAGACUACAAAACUACCAAACUACAGGAGAAUCUUGACUGGGAGUCCUGCAAGCCAAAAUAUAGCGAGAUAGGGGACUUAUUUCAGGCGCAAUAUCCGAGGACCCCGACAGAGAAAGAUUUCCCUCACGACAAGGGCUCCAUUACACAGGGCCAGCUUACAGCGAAGCUAAAGCAAAUUCGUAUUAAGUACAGGCAGGCGGUGGACCUUGGGCGUCGGAGUGGCCAAGGACGUGUUGUGUACAUGUUCUUCGAGCUGUGUGAACAGAUCUGGGGUGGCUCGCCUGCUAAGCACCCCCAUAGCUCCGGCGUCGAGACAGGGGACUUGCUCGACUUGGAAGAGUCGUCGCCCGUACCAAGUUCAUCCCCGAGUUUGGAGCGUUCCAGCGAUUCGCCAGAGUCGAGUGAAUCCAACGGAAGUCUGUCAACUGCUGCGGUCGUAAGGCAUCGCAGGGAUCUGCUCCAGGCACAGCUGAAUGGCCACAGAAGUGACCGCAGGAAGAGAAAACUUCCAGCUGAACAUGCAGUGCAGGAAGACCUCAAAAUAAAAAAGAGGAUGUUGGACCUAAUGGAGCAAACAUCCAGCCGCAAUGCAGCCAACAUGGAUCGGAUGAAUAACACCAUGGACAACAUUAACAGCACUAUUCAGGGUGGCCUUUCCCUGAUCAGGGAAUUAAUGCAUGCACCCCCCCACAGUAGCAGCAGUGGAUAUGGACACUUCCAGGAGCCCUCAUCCCCAUUCAUUCCUAGAAGGCCACAUCCAGCUACACUGGACUACACACCAAGAGCAAUUAUUAUUUUGUAGCUAGCAAAGGUGUUUUUUUUCCUUUUACUGUGUACACUUUGUAGCUCUUACAAUAAAUAAUGUUCUUAAUAAAAACCUUGCAAACAA